AUGGACCAGGUGACAAGGCUGGCAUCGCAGCGUGCAGUGGUGAUCUUCAGCACGAGCUCCUGCUGCAUGUGUCACACUGUGACGCAGCUCUUCCGCGAGCUCGGGGUGAACACGAUGGUGGUGGAGCUGGACAAGGACCCGCGGGGAAAGGAGAUGGAGAAGGGACUGGCGAGGCUACUGGGCCGCAGUGCCGGUGUACCAGCGGUGUUCAUCGGUGGCAGGCUCGUCGGCUCCACAGACAAGGUCAUGUCGCUCCACCUCAGCGGCAACCUCGUCCCUCUGCUGCGCAAUGCGGGGGCACUCUGGGUCUAG